AUGUCCAGUUUUGGGUUUGGGGGGUCCCGGUUUGGUGCACUGAGGGUCCCGGGUCUGUUCCGGGUUCGGGGUUCACAGUUUGGGGUUCCCAGGUCAGUUCCCGCUAUCCCGGGUCGGUUCCCGCUAUCCCGGGUCGGUUCCCGCUAUCCCGGGUCGGUUCCCGGUACCCCGGGUCGGUUCCCGGGUCGGUUCCCGGUACCCCGGGUCGGUUCCCGGUACCCCGGGUCUGUUCCCGGUACCCCGGGUCGGUUCCCGGUACCCCGGGUCGGUUCCCGGGUCGGUUCCCGGUACCCCGGGUCUGUUCCCGGUACCCCGGGGCGGUUUCCCGGGUCUGUUCCCGGUACCCCGGGUCGGUUCCCGGGUCGGUUCCCGGUACCCCGAGUCGGUUCCCGGUACCCCGGGUCGGUUCCCGGGUCUGUUCCCGGUACCCCGGGUCGGUUCCCGGGUCGGUUCCCGGCCCAGCGCUCUCUGCGGGAUGCGAGCGAGGCGCGGGCGCAGGAACUGCGGGACAGCGAGAGCCAGAGGGAGAGGCUGCAGAGAGAGCUGCAGGUGUGCUCAGGUGAGCGGGACGAGCUGCGCCAGCGCCUGCACGAGGCUGAGGCUGCACAGGGACCCCCAAAAACCUUCCUGGGACCCCCAAAACCCCUCCCCAUUUUUGGGGGACCCCCCCAGGAGCGGCUGCGGGAGGAGCAGGAGAAGGAGCAGGAACAGCUCCAGGCAGCGUUGGGGGAGGAGCAGCGGCUGCGGGAGCGUCACGAGGCCGAGGCACGAGCCUUGAGACAGGAACUGAAGGACCUUCAGGCCGGGCAGCGCAUCCUGGAGAAGAAAGGCAGCGCCGCCCUGAAGGAUUUGAGGAGGCAGCUGCAGCUGGAGCGGCGUCGCGGAGAGCGGCUGCAGGAACGGCUGCAGGAGCUGCUGCUGCCAGCCAGGAACCGCUCAGGGCUGGAGGAGCUGGGAUUGGACGGGGGCUCCCCUGGGCGGGGCCCGGGCGGUGACAGCAGCUCCGUGUCCUCAUUGGGCCGCGACGGCUCCGCCCCCGGCAGCACCAAGUCGGGCUCGGGCAGCCCCGGGGGCGGCAGCGCCGGGGGGGUCCCAGGUGGGGGCGGCCUCUCCCCGGCGGAGGUGGCCGAGCUGUUCCAGCGCCUGGCCCAGAGCCAGCAGGAGCGCUGGCUGCUGGAGGAGAAGGUGAGGCACCUGGAGGUGUCGAGCGCGUCCAUGGCCGAGGAUCUGUGCAGGAAAAGCGCCAUCAUCCAGAGCUUCGUGCGGGACAGCCGCACAGAGGCCGUGGGGCCCUCGGGGCCACCCCGGCGCGGGGCGGGGGCGGGGCCAGGUGAGGAGGGGCUGCGGGAGAUGAACAAGAAACUGCAGAACCUCCUGGAGGAGCAGCUGACCAAGAACCUGCACCUGGCACAGGACCUGGAGUCGCUGUCCCAGGAGCUGGCGCACCUCAGGAAGGAACAAGCGCCCCCCCCGGGACCCCCCUGAGGGGCGGGGCUUCUCCCCUGCCCCUCCCCCCGCAAGCUCCGCCCCCCGGACGGGGCGCUGCUGCAGGAGAGGCGUUGCCCCUUUAAGGACGCGGUGGGCCUCACUGGCGUUGCCCCUUUAAGGCAGGAUGGUUCCUUAACGUGGCGUUGCCGCUUUAAGGGCGGCCCCCGGAGGGCAUCGCCCCUUUAAGACUGGGGGAGGCGGUCCCCGCCGCGGGGUUGCCCCUUUAAGAAGGAAGUGGUCCCCGCUCCGGCGUUGCCCGUUUAAGGGGGUCCCGCAUGCGCCCCCCCCCCCCCUUCCCCUCUAAUAAACCCGAUGUGA